ACAAAAACCUUUACAAGUUCAUAUUCCCACCGAAAAUUUUCAUCCUGCAGUUCUUAUAACUGGUACUUCAGCUGGAAUUGGUCGUGAAACCGCCUUUACUCUUGCGAAACUUGGGUAUACAGUAUUUGCUGGUGUCAGAAAAAAAGAUGAUGCAGAAGAUCUUCUUGCAUCUUUUCGUGAAUGCGAUAAUCCCAAAGAAGGUCGAAUUCUUCCCAUUAUUUUAGAUGUUACAAAUAAAGAUCAUAUUCAAAAUGCUUAUGAUCAUAUUCAAUCAAUCAUUGGUUAUGAAAUUCCUUUUGUUGCUUUAAUCAAUAACGCUGGCAUGGUUGUCUAUUUACCAAUGGAAAUUGCUUCGGAAGAUGCUUUUAUAAAUAGUUUUAAUACAAAUUAUUUUAGUAUUGUUAAUCUUACAAAAAAAUUCUUGCCCCUUUUAAGAAGAAGUGGUGGUCGUGUGAUUAACAUUGGGAGCGUUGCUGCUUGGGUAAAUGUACCAUCUAUGGGUAUUUAUUCUGCAACUAAAGCUGCCGUUAGAAUUACAACUCGCAUUUGGAGAAUGGAAACUAAAGACAUGGGAAUUCAUUUUGCUUUAAUUGAACCUGGUAUUAUCGUUUCCAGGUUAACAGAGCAAACAACAUCUAAUUUCCGUAAUUUCAGCAAUUUCUCUUCACUCUCUAGUUAUUAUUCUACACCAGACGACACUAAUCCAAAAGUUAUAACUGAUUAUGAAAAAAUUUAUAAAGCUAUUGCAAAAA